UUUUCCGAGCGGCCGCGCAUCACGGUCCGACGCCCCCUGCGGGAUGCGCCGCCGCGGCGGGGGCGACGAGCCUGGGCCUGCCCCUCCUCCGGAGGCGGGGAGAGGAGCAGGAGAUGGAGGGGGAGAGGAGGGGCAGAAGAGAGGAGGUGACGAGGAGAACGAGGAGGAGAGCGAGGACGAGGGCGGAGACGACAGAUGGCGGGGCAGGGGCCCGCGGGGUCGAGGGCGCGGCGACAAGGCAAGACCAGGCCGCGCGGCGUCGCGGGCCCGCGACAGGGGCGGCGCCCGUGUUGGGAACCGCCCUGGCAGUGGUGGCGAGCGACACCUACGCCGAACGCUCUACGCCCUUCCCGUCCAGUAUGACUGCUUCUUCUGCGACUGCCAUCAU